GAGGUUAGAAGCUUGUACGUCAAUGUUGCGGGUGAUUUCAGUGUGAUUGCGAUACUUUUGAGUCUCAGUGCGACAAUAGCAUGGCAAGCAGUAGCUCUGGCAGCAAGGGUGAAUAUCAGGUGGGAGGGAAGUACCGACUUGUGCGUAAAAUCGGCAGCGGAAGUUUCGGCGACAUUUAUUUGGCCGUCAAUAUCACCAACGGCGAGGAAGUAGCCGUGAAAAUGGAAUCUCAGAAAGCUCGUCACCCGCAACUGCUGUACGAGUCGAAGCUGUACAGAAUUUUGAACGGUGGCCUGGGCAUUCCGAAUAUCAGGUGGUAUGGACAAGAUAGAGAUUACAACGUUCUUGUGAUGGAUCUUCUUGGCCCCAGCUUGGAGGAUCUAUUCAACUUUUGUUCAAGACGUUUCUCUAUGAAAACAGUAUUGAUGCUAGCAGACCAGAUGGUUAGUCGUAUUGAGUAUGUUCACAACAAGAAUUUCAUCCAUCGUGAUAUCAAGCCAGACAAUUUUCUAAUGGGCAUUGGAAAGAGUAGCAACAAGUUAUAUUUGAUUGAUUUUGGUUUGGCGAAAAAGUACAGAGACAGUCGGUCACGUCAACAUAUUCCAUAUAGAGAAGACAAGAAUCUAACAGGGACGGCAAGAUACGCAAGUAUCAAUGCACACCUAGGCAUAGAACAGGCGCGUCGAGAUGAUAUGGAGUCACUUGGUUAUGUCUUGAUGUAUUUUAAUCGGUCAACAUUACCGUGGCAGGGAUUGAAGGCUGCCACGAAACGUCAGAAGUAUGAUAAAAUUAGUGAGAAGAAGAUGUCGACACCAGUGGAAGUUCUUUGCAAGGGCCAUCCAACAGAGUUUACUAUGUAUCUCAACUAUUGUCGAGGUCUUCGAUUUGAAGAAGCUCCAGACUACAUGUAUUUACGUCAGUUAUUUCGCAUUCUAUUUCGUACUCUCAAUCACCAGUAUGACUAUUCAUUUGACUGGACACUUCUGAAGCAGAAAGCUGCAAGCUAUGCCAGUGGCUCUAGUCUUAAUCCAGGGCAUGGGACAACCACUGCCGGACAAGCAGCCGUUUCACCAGCAGCAGGGAAAAGAGCUGUUGAGAAGGACAAAGACAAGAAAGAAAGGGAAAGUAUGGUGAGGAAGCCAGAAGGCAUGAAACGAGUUGGAGAGGCAGAACAAUCAGCUGUUGGUGGGAAAAGGGUAGAAGAUACGUCCGCAAUACGAAGACCGCCAGAAGUUGUAGCCAGAAGCAAGGAUACUGACAGAAAACACAAGACAUUGUUUCAUUCGUAGGUCCAAUGUAAGCCAAGAUGAGUAUGUGACUUGGCUAAUGAUACGAUAAUGUAUGUAUUGGUAAAUUUUAGAUUAGACUGUGUUGUACAGACUGAUGGGCAAGUUUGUUUAGAUUCUUGUUUUGUACAGUUUGAUAUUAUCAUUGCUAGACAAA